AUGAGCAUCAGAGCAGAGAGGAGCGACCCGCGGGGAGAGCGGGGGAGAGCGGGGGAGAGCGGGGACCGGGUGGCAGGGGAAACCGGAGAACUCGGAGGAAACCGGAAAACUCGGAGGAAACCGGAAAACUCGGAGGAAACUGGAGAACUCGGAGGAAACCGGAGAACUCGGAGGAAACCGGAAAACUCGGAGGAAAAAGGAGAACUCGGAGGAAAAAGGAGAACUCGGAGGAACCCGGAGAACUCGGAGGAAAAAGGAGAACUCGGAGGAAACCGGAGAACUUGGAGGAACCCGGAGAACUUGGAGGAAGCCGGAGAACUCGGAGGAAACAGGAGAACUCGGAGGAAAAAGGAGAACUCGGAGGAACCCGGAGAACUCGGAGGAAAAAAGAGAACUCGGAGGAAACCGGAGAACUCGGAGGAACCCGGAGAACUCGGAGGAAACAGGAGAACUCGGAGGAAACCGGAGAACUCGGAGGAAACAGGAGAACUCGGAGGAAACCGGAGACCUUGGAGGAAACCGGAGAACUCGGAGGAAACAGGAGAACUCGGAGCAAACCGGAGAACUCGGAGGAAACCGGAGAACUCGGAGGAAACCGGAGAACUCGGAGCAAACCGGAGAACUCGGAGGAACCCGGAGGAACCCGGAGAACUCGGAGGAAACCGGAAAACUCGGAGGAACCCGGAGGAACCCGGAGAACUCGGAGGAAACCGGAAAACUCGGAGAACUCGGAGCGAACCGGAGAACUCGGAGGAAACCGGAGAACUCGGAGGAAACCGGAGAACUCGGAGGAACUCGGAGAACUCGGAGCGAACCGGAGAACUCGGAGGAAACCGGAGAACUCGGAGGAAACCGGAGAACUCGGAGGAAACCGGAGAACUCGGAGGAACCCGGAGAACUCGGAGGAACCCGGAGAACUCGGAGGAACCCGGAGAACUCGGAGGAAACCGGAGAACUUGGAGGAACCCGGAGAACUUGGAGGAAGCCGGAGAACUCGGAGGAAACAGGAGAACUCGGAGGAAAAAGGAGAACUCGGAGGAACCCGGAGAACUCGGAGGAAAAAAGAGAACUCGGAGGAAACCGGAGAACUCGGAGGAACCCGGAGAACUCGGAGGAAACAAGAGAACUCGGAGGAAACCGGAGAACUCGGAGGAAACAGGAGAACUCGGAGGAAACCGGAGAACUUGGAGGAAACCGGAGAACUCGGAGGAAACAGGAGAACUCGGAGCAAACCGGAGAACUCGGAGGAAACCGGAGAACUCGGAGGAAACCGGAGAACUCUGGGGAAACCGGAGAACUCGGAGGAAACAGGAGAACUCGGAGGAAAAAGGAGAACUCGGAGCAAACCGGAGAACUCGGAGGAACCCGGAGAACUCGGAGGAAACCGGAAAACUCGGAGGAACCCGGAGGAACCCGGAGAACUCGGAGGAAACCGGAAAACUCGGAGAACUCGGAGCGAACCGGAGAACUCGGAGGAAACCGGAGAACUCGGAGGAAACCGGAGAACUCGGAGGAACUCGGAGAACUCGGAGCGAACCGGAGAACUCGGAGGAAACCGGAGAACUCGGAGGAAACCGGAGAACUCGGAGGAAACCGGAGAACUCGGAGGAAACCGGAGAACUCGGAGGAACCCGGAGAACUCGGAGGAAACCGGAGCAGGCACGGGGAGAACUUGCAAACUUCACUCAGAAAGACCCUGUUCCGACCGAAACUCAAACCCAGGACCUUCUCGCUGUCCACUCAGCCACGGUGCUGCCCUAA